UUCAUCCUCCUUCGACCCAAAAUCACAAACUUUGCUCUCUUCCACUUUUACAAAUAACAGAGUUCAGAAACAUAGAUAGAUCAGGGUGAGAUAGACAUGGAAUGGACUCAAAUAAGCAAGCAAGAGAGCAACAAUCAUGAUUUUUUCCCAAGUGGACGUAACUUAGAAUACCUCUGCUUCAACAACCCUCUUCAUGAAGACGACAACAACGUUGAUCACACUUUCUCUUCUUUGAUGGAUCUCAUCUCUCAACCUCCUCCAUUACUUCACCAACCACCACAACCAUCGUCCUCUCCUACUCCGUUUUUCUCCUCCACUUUCGACUAUCCUUUGCUUGAGACGUUACAAGAUGUUAUAGAAUCUCCUUAUUAUCCUCCAUUGGGGAUUUCAGCUUCUCAAGAAGGCAACAACAAUGACAAUUCUUCACCAUUCGUGGAGGAAAGCAAGAGCCUCAUGAGCACUGGAGAAACGAACAAGAAAAAGCGUAAUAAGAAGGUUGUAGGUCAACCCUCUAAGAACCUCAUGGCGGAGAGACGGCGGAGGAAGCGGUUAAAUGAUCGGCUCUCCAUGCUACGAUCCAUUGUCCCCAAAAUCACCAAGAUGGAUAGGACAUCGAUACUAGGAGAUGCCAUAGAGUACAUGAAGGAGCUUUUGGACAAGAUAAACAAGUUGCAACAACUUGGAAGCAAUUCUGAUCUCAAGGACAGCCUCACCAGUACAAACCAAUCCAUGGUCAGAAACUCCCCCAAGUUUGAAGUGGAUCAAAGAGAAGUUAAUACACACAUAGAUAUAUGUUGUUCUACACAACCGGGCUUGCUUCUAUCAACGGUUGGUACAUUAGAGAUUAAUCUAGGCUUGGAGAUUCAACAAUGUGUCAUUAGCUGCUUCAGUGACUUUUCAUUACAGGCUACUUGUUCAGAGGUUGCUGGGCAGAGAGAAUGCAUUACUUCGGAAGAUGUAAAGCAAGCACUGCUCAAGAACGCAGGUUAUGGAGGAAGAUGUUCCUAGGAAGAUUUAUAAUUACAAUAAUAAAAUAAAGCUUGAAAAAACUGCUUUAUCUUGAAUAUUUUAAUUUUUCUUAGGGAAAUAUCUUGAAUUUCAGUAUUGUAAUAACCACAACCUAUUGUUAACAACGUAACCAUUAAGUUACUCCGGUCGCUUUAGUGAACGAAUAA